UCAUUCCUGUGGGAGGAAAAAGUCCUUUAAAAGAUCUGCAGGGGCAGCCGGACUGGAGCGUAUAACUGAAUCAAUCUGAAGCACUGACACCAGCAACAACCCCUCAUUAGAGCAACACAGCAAUUCGGCAGGCCCAACUUCAAAGGUUUGUGGACACAUCCCUUAUUGGUAAACGCUUGUCAGCGUUUCCCAAAGACCAACAGGACAAACAGGAGAAGCUGCUGUCAGGGUUUGUGAGGACACCUGUCCAUUCUCAGUCCCUGUGGGAGCGUUAGUCACUGAUGAAGGACGGGGGUUUCAUCUCUGAUAUCAUGUCGAACCACACCAUUCACGUGGACAGAAGCCGGAAUCAGUGUGCACCCCCUCGGAUGGAGACCAUUGUCCUGAAUGGCUUUGCUGUCAAUCACAGCCAAUCGAGAAUUGCCUGCCCAGAGCCAGACCCUGCUCCCAGGGCAGAGUCCUACAGCCACUGCCCUCCUGAGAGAUGGGUCUGCCGGGAAAUCAGGAUGUCACCCCCACACCCCAGCUGCCAAUCGCAGGACAGGCCUCAGCCCGGACUGGGAAGAUCCCAAACCUUCUCAGUGAAGUCCGUCACCAAUCAGAAGCCUCCGAUCCAUGACGGAGUGCGGCGGACAGUUACAGCUCAGGUAAAACCACACCAUGGUCCCCAUGAGACAACAGGAACCUCAGAGCAAUACUGGAGAACGAUGGAAACCUCGAAACCAACCUGUGCUGAAAACGAUCCCUUAUCUCCGAGCUUAGACGCAACAAUCGAAAACCUCAACAACUUAAUUUUAGAACUGGACCCCACCUUCCAGCCUUUCAGUGCCCUUGAGAAGAAAAGCUACCUCCUGAGCAGCAACGACAGAUACCUGAACAGGACCAGCGAGGAAUCCCCACUGGACGGACACAACCCAGGGAUUCUGAUCUAUGACGAAUGGGAUUCGGGAAGAAUGGGAAGCAGCCAGCACGAUGACAGCACGUCAAUCGAUGAUGAACGCCAAUCAGAUUUGGCGGCACUGUGCAUCCAACCCACUGCCAGCUCAAACAGCAUUCCUUAUGGCAGAAUGCCCAACAUUCCUGGAUGCAACAUGCUUGAUGCUGGACAGGCGCACUCUACUCCUACCUUCCUUCCUCCAUCCCCAAGUUUAUCCACCUCCUCCACUUCCCAAUCCUACGGCGUGUCUCCUGGUGCCCAAGGUAUAAACAUUUUCACCGGUCGACCCACACAAUCUUCACGAGGACCAGCAAUGAUUUCGUCCCAGCAUCCGGAAUACUUGUGCUCAGCUCCAGUCUCCGUCAGCUCCAACUCUCCCCAGUAUGGCUCGCGGCCCAUGCCAGUGCCGGCUUCAAACAGUUACAGUGCUUCCGAUACCAACUCCCUGCCGACUGUACCUGCGCAAUACAGCGUGUCACCCAUAUACACAAGCACCCAGAGAGAAGCAGCCACUUCCUACCUGUCCACAUCUGCAGGUUCUGAUAAUCCACCCAAGACUGACUGCAGCAGUCACACUGAUGGUUCUAUUUCUGUGCUUUCCACCUCACCUGUCUGGGACACAUUGGGCAGUUCCCAUUCAUUGCUGGGUGAUGAAGGAGACACAGGGAGGAUUUGUAGAUCAGCUGGCAGCACAUAUGGAUCAUCGGGAUCGUUUGUUAACCUGCAGAGCCCUUAUUCUGUCUCCCCCAGCUCGUACAAGAGCUCAUUCAGUGACCAACAACUUCAUCAGCUUUCCGGCCAUCCUGUAGGCUACCAGACUAUACCACUCUCCCAGAGGGCAGUGAGCAGCACCACCCAGCAAGCUGCAUGUGGCACCAUGGGGCACAGGCCUUUGGCGCACCAUGGUAAAACAACGCACAAGCUUAAAGAACAUCCCAGCAGCUGCCCAGCAUCUGCUGCCAGCUCCUUUUCUGAUAUCCCGAUCCUCUUGGUGAAUGGAAGCACUCACUACUUGGACCAAGACUCAAACAACUUGAAGAAUCGAAGACUUCAGUCCAGCUCUUCAAGUGCACUCAGCCUCCCACUCAAUACAUGUGCCAGCAUUGGACUCCCAAAGGCUUCAAGCUCCACCUCCCUUGAAGAUCUCCCAUGUGACAUGCAGCCUACAGCUAAAUUUGUACUAGAUACAUCCAAAUAUUGGUACAAACCAAAUCUCAACAGGGAUCAAGCUAUCAAGAUGCUGAAAGAUAAGGAGCCAGGUUCAUUCAUUAUUCGAGAAAGCUCCACAUAUGUUGGCUCAUUCGGAUUGGCAAUGAAAGUACCUGCACCGAAUCUCAGGAAUCCCGAGGAAAACCCAGAUUCUUCCUCUGAGUUGGUGCGCCAUUUCCUGAUUCAAUUCUCCCCGAAAGGAGUGUGUUUGAAAGGGUCUCCCCAGGAGCCCUACUUUGGGAGCCUGUCAGCCCUUGUAUAUCAGCAUUGCAUCUCUGCCAUGAGUUUACCGUGCAAACUACACUUACCAAAGGAAGAAAGUUUAAAUGAUAAGAACGAAGAAAGUAGUCCUGACUCGACAGACAGCAUCACAUCACCUCUGAGAAACCGGGGAACAGUGUGCUCUGUCCUGUAUUUGAACUCCGUGACCAUGGAGUCACUGACCGGACCACAAGCUGUCCUUAAAGCAACAUCCUCCACUCUGGAAAAGGAACCAUUGCCUCAAGCCACCAUCGUCCAGUUCAAAGUGUCGGAACAAGGCAUCACCCUGACAGACAGCAAGAGGAAACUUUUCUUCAGGCGACACUAUCCUGGCAGUUCUGUCAAUCACUGUGGCCUGGACCCCCUGCAAAGGAAAUGGCGCAAGGAUAAUGAACCUUCCAGGAUCUUUGCAUUUGUGGCAAAGAAACAAAGCAGCUCCUCAGAAAAUGUCUGUCACCUGUUUGCGGAGUUUGAGCAGGAUCAUUCUGCACAUUUCAUCAUCAACCAUGUGUCCAAGAUUCUACUGGAGCCACACAGAAUGUGACCAAACAGAGAGGCCCUGGGUCAUUUCAAAGGAUCUUCAUGUGUACCCUGGCUGUGUUGGUACCUUGGCCAUUGUUGCCGAUCUGUGUCACUCAGUCCUGGAGGCUGAUGCACAGGAGUUGAACUGUCUCAUGUCCUCAGUCAAAACUGGGACACAGAUCACAGAUGUCGGAGAGAUUCAUUGAAGGCUUCCAGAAUUCUAGCAGUUGCCUUUUGCUUUUAACAAAUACAGCCAGACGCUGAGGGAGUCACUGAGGGAUCUUUCACUGAGUGCAGGCCUCAGACCCUUUGUGUACCGGAGGCUGUACUGAAACACUUCUCUAUUGCUGCCUCUGUAUCAGUGAGUGGAAAGUGUGCAGUUUUUUUUUACCAGGUCUUUUAUACAGCAAACCACAACAUCUGUUUCCUACAUUGCAGCAUCAACAAUGUAAAAUAUACCAAAUGAAAACUGUUCUACAUCCGACAGCAUUAUCACAUCAACAUAACAUUAGCAAUGUUCCUUCCUUGUUCUGUUGACCCGCUCUGUUCUUUCUUUCCCAGUUCGUCAAAGCUUCACAUUCCCUCUUCACCCAGGAUGGUGAUGAAAUCAAGGUUCAGUCAUUCAUUUGUCUUAACCGUGAAAUUAUUUCUCCUCAUUCUUCAAUCCCUCCCUCCUACAGUCAACAAACAUCAAAACUUCACCUUAACAUUUAUUCAUUCAUGUGAUGUGGGUGUCACUGGCUGGGCCAGCAUUUAUUGCCCAUCCCUAACUGCCCUUGAGAAGGUGGUGGUGAGCUGCCUUCUUGAACCGCUGCAGUCCAUGUGGUGUAGGU